AUGAAUUGCCAAGAGUUGACUUCAGGGUGGCAAGGUGUGAAAUCAGUGGUGAUGACCUCAGACUCAACUAAGAAAUUCACACCUGGACCAAUAUUGACUAGUGUCAAACUUUCAAAUAUGUCACCAGAAUCACAUCAACAAGGCAUGAAAUCCUUGGAGUUAAUUCCAGACCCAAAGUUGCAAAAUGUAAGACAUGUGGAAUUGUCUUCAGUGUCUCUGAAACAAACUCCAAAUUUUGUGGAAUUAACACCAGGGUCAAUGCCUCAAAAAGUGAAAUCUGAGGAGCUAACUCCAAGAAUAAACCAUCAAAGCACAGACUCCUCUAAAGUAAUCACUAGGGCAGGACAUCACUUUGUAGACCAUGCAGAGAUGAUCCCAAAGCCAAGGCAUCAAGUCCCUAAAUUUGUGAAUUUGAAUCCACCAACUUAUCACACCUCAGAACCAUUAGAGAUGGCACAAAGUUUGGCAUAUCAGAGCACUGAGACUGUAGAGAUAUCUGAUAAAGCUAUGGAAUCUUCAGUGUUACCUCUGGAGUUAGACUUUCAAAUACCAGAAUUUGUUGGCCUGACUCCAGUGCAAAUGAAUGAGGAUUUAAACUUCUUAGAAUUAACCUCAGAGAAAAGCUACUACAACUCAGAUACCCUGGAGUUGCUCUCUCAGUCAGAGUCUCAAGUUACCGAUUUGGGGGAGUUACAUAUGAGCCCACUGCAACAAGUUGAGGAAUCUAGAGAAAUGACUCCAGAAUACAAGCAUCAUGUUUCACCGCCCAUGGAGUUGAUUUCUGAGGCAAGGUUGCAAAAGGAAGAAUUCCUUGGAAUGAUCCCAAAGUCAAAGCCAAUAAGUAAAACCAAUGGUCAUAGAAAGAGAUCUCCAAGGUCCUACCCUCAAGUCUUAGAACCUAUGGAGAUAAUAUCAGGGGAAAGAUGGCAAAGGGAAGAAUCUGUAGCAUUGAUUACAAAGACGUUACAGCAUGUCCCAGAAUCUUCAGAGAUGAUACUAGGGUUUGGACAUCAAGUUCCUGAAUCAGUGGAGUUGACUGUAGAGACAGGGCUGCAAGUGGAGGAACCUAUGACCUUGACCCGAGAGUCACAGGAUCACUUGGGACCUUCAGAUAUAAUAUUAGGGUUAGGACAUCAAAUACCAGAAUCUGUGGGCUUGAGCUCUCAGCACUGGCUUGAAAAGGAGAAGUCUUUAGAGUUGUCCCCCAAUCAUGUACAGUCUGUAGAGCUCAUUUCUGAAACAUGGCAGCGAGGAAAGGGAUCAAUACCACUAACACAGUUACAGAAACAAAGUAAGACAAACUCAGAGAUAGCCCAAGGACCACUGGAUCAAAAUGCAAAAUUUAAGGGGAUUAGUCCAAAGUCGCUCAAUCGAUUCACAAAACAUACAAAGACACAGAAUCACACUGCUCAUUCAGUACAGGCAACUCCCCAAAAAAUUGUUGAAUCUGUGAAUGUGACCUCAGGACCACCAUUUCAAGUUGUGAAGUCUGUGACGUUAAUGCCACGAGUAGCCUCUCAAAUGGUAGAAUAUAUUAAGUCUACUUCAAAACUGCAAAAUGCAGGAACUUCAGUGUCAUGUUUGCAAAAUGUGAAAUGUAAGCCAUCCAUUAGAGAACCAGCACACCAGAUUUUGGAAAUAAUGAAGUUGACAGGGUUUCAAAUUGUAAAGAGUGUGUUAAUCCCUGGGCCAUCACUUCAAAUUGUAAACUCUGAGGAAUUAGCCCCAGGACCAAUCCCUCAGAUUGUAGAACCAAUAGGAGUAACCCUAGGAUUGGGGUUUGAAGUAAUAGAUUGUGUGGAUUUAUUCCCAAAUCCAUAUCUUCGAGAAAAAGUAGAACCUACAGAGUUAACUCCAAGGUCAAAAACUGAAGUGAAAUCGGCCAAAUUUACCUCGCAGCCAACAUUUCCAUUCACAGAACUUACAGUGUUGACUCAUGAAGAAAACCUCCAGUCUGUGCAAUCUUUAGGAAGAAAAACAGAGCCUCCCCAAGUCAUGAAAUCUGAGGAUUUGAAUCUUGGACAGAGAUAUCGGACUAGAGAAUGUGGAGAGUUAGCAUCAGAAGAGAUACAAAUAGGAAAUUACUUCUCUAGGUUUCUACAGAGCUCUUCAAACUCAUUCAUCUCAAGUUCUAUCAAAACAUCAUCUGAAUUUGGAGGUCUUUUUGAUUCUGAGAAGCCAGAAGUGUCAAGAACUUUAGAUACAAAAAACCUUGAGAAAGAUAUUUUGCAGCCUGAAGAGUCCUUCACAGGUCCUUUUAUAGUACAAUCUCUAACUCUUCCCUUAACCUUUCAUAAUCAAUCCUCUAAUAAGACAGGCAAUACUGUAGAAACCACACACUCUGAGAUCCCAGGUGUGGAUAUAGUAUCCAAGGAGAGGACUAAGAUCAAACAAGUGGAGACGCUAAACAACUCACUUAGGAGCAUCUUCCAACAUCCACCACAAAGCCGGAGAUUUCCAUCUAUCACCUUUCACAGUAGAUCAGGGACACAAAAAAGGCUUACCUUGUCUGCUUUGGGAAGACAACAGAACGUCUGGGAGAAUCACUCCCAUAGGCAACGGCUACCUAGAAAGUAUCUCUCCACUAUGUUAAUGAUGGGGAAUAGCUUAGGUACUACUAUGGAAAGGGAAUUUUACUCUCAAAUGCCUUUAACAGAAAGGACCACUGUGGACACCCUGCAGUCUAUUCAGAAUUUAUUUGGGGUUCCAGCUGAACUAAUGGAAUUUUCCCAGAUUCCACUAGAGAAGGGUCUAGGCGCUAUUUCUCAGCCUUCAGUGGUUAAAAACUACAUUCAGAGGCAUACCUCAAGCCAUGGUCAUGAUGAAAAAAUGACUAUAAGGAUGUGGACCCGUGGCUCCAUGUCCUCUAUAAUAAGGCAGUACUCUGGAGCCAGGAUGAAAAUAAAGAAAACAAACACAAAGCUAAGCAAUAUAUCCCAGGAAGUCAUUCAGCACAUGCCUAUUUCAUAUACAGAAUGUCCUGCCCCAGUCAAUUAUGAGUCUUCCUUCAAUAUGUUUUUCAAUAGUAAAGAUCCUAUUACAGUGGGAGAGGGUGAAAAUUCACAGAAUGACUUACAGAGAAGGAUUUUUGAGUCCCAACAGUCUCUCAAGCCAAGUUGUCUUCCCCAAGCCAAGAAUGACUUCUCUGAGCAAUUCCAGCUCUUACAAGAUCUGCAGCUAAAAAUAGCAGCAAAACUGUUAAGGAUUCUAAUACCUCCCAAUGUUCCUCCACCUCUAGCGUCAGGUCUGGUCCUAAAAUACCCUAUCUGCUUACAGUGUGGCCGAUGUUCAGGAUUUAACUGCUGUCAUAAAUCACAGGCCACUUUUGGGCCUUACCUUCUUAUCUACCCACAGCUCCACCUUGUAAGCACUCCUGAAGGCCAUGGAGAAAUUAGGUUGCACCUUGGCUUUAGGUUGCGAACUGGCAAAAGACCCCAAGUCCCAAAGUAUCACAGAAAAGACAGACCCACUUCACCAAAGAGUUCUACAUCUCCAUUACUAAGGAAAACUAAAAUCCAUACUCGAGCUUCCAAGAGUCCUAUUGCAACGACAGAUUUCCGUUCUGGGUCUUCUCAUUCUCCUCCUCCUGUUCAAGUCCACAUCAGGAGAAGACAAAGUGGUAGCUCUGGCUUAGUAGGAAAGACAGAAAUGGGAAAGCUUAGGCAUUAUGAAUUCACUCAAGUUUAUGCUCUAUCAGAGAGUCACUCUGAAAGCAUUCAGGAUGGAAAAUGGGCUAAAGUAAGAAGCAAAAAGACCUCUAAAUCAAAAUAUCCAAAGAAGAGAUUCACCAAAGGAGUUAGAACACCAAGUAAGAAGUUCUACACAAAUAGUAGAAGCACAGUACAGAGUCCCUCUAGGGAACUACCAGCCCAGUUCAAAAGGAAGCAUAGUGGAACAUCUAAGACUACUUUUGCUUCUUUAAAAAGACAACCUAAGAAAUCCUCCCCACCUAAAUUCAUUCAAUUGCUUUUUUGGGGCCUAAAGCAGGCAUUCCAAACAGCACACAAAAUUGUGGCUUUUGUUGGGCAGAAGCAUGAGAACAGGACAAAGCCAGACCAUUUAUGGCAAAGCAAAAACUACCAUUUAAGUGACUACUGCUUAUCAAGGAAUAACAGAAGAGAUAAGAUGUCAGUUGUCAAUCAAAGGCCACCAGACUCAACCCAUAGGCAGGAAAGCAUGUUGUGGGAAGGAACCGACCAUUUCAGAUCAAAUCAACAAUCAAAAAGAGAUAUCUCUUUCCAGCCCAGUCUUAUCCAAAGACCCAAGUCUACAGCUUCCCAAAGAAGUACCACUUUCCAAAUAAACUCAGUCAAACAGCAUUUGGGAAUGGUUCAAAAUGACAGUGGAAGAGUUAAGAAAAAGGCUUACAGAAAUGAAAUUUCUAGUCUGGAGUCCAAGAACUCCAAAAAAGGAACUGGAAUUCAGGCCCAAGGGAGAAUCAUACAUGGUUCUCCUAUGAAGAGAACCUCACACAUUCACCUUCAAAAGAAACUCACACACAAGGAACAAAACCACCACAGCUUUUAUAAGGAGAGAACCCCAUGUAAUUCCUCUGAGAGAAGCCAUCCAAGCGCCCCUCAGAGAAGCUACUUCAGCCCCUCUCAGAGGAGCCAUCUCAGCCAUUCUCAGAGGAGCCAUCCCAGUCCCUCUCGGAGGAGCCAUUCCAGUCGCUCUCAGAGGAGCCAUUCCAGUGGCUCUCAGAGGAGUCAUCUCAGUCCCUCUCAGAGGAGUCAUCCCAGUCACUGCCAGAGGAGCCAUCCCAGUCACUGUCAGAGGAGCCAUUCCAGCCCCUCUCAGAGGAGCCAUUCCAGUCCCUCUCCGAGGUGUCCUCUCAGUCCCUCUCCGAGGAGCUAUCCCAGUCCCUCUCGGAGGAGCCAUCCCAGUGCCUCCCUGAGGAGGUGUCGCAGUCCCUCUGAGAGGAGGUGUCGCAGUCCCUCUGAGAGGAGGUGUCGCAGUCCCUCUGAGAGGAGGUGUCGCAGUCCCUCUGAGAAAACCCACCAUGUUCACUCUGAGAAAACCUUUAAUAGUCCUGAGAAAAUACUGCACAGGCCCUCUGAAAGGAGCCAUCAAAAUCUCUCUGAGAAGACUAGACACAAUCACUCUGAGAGGAGCAGGCACAGGCGCUCUGACAGAAUCCAUCACAGUCCAUGGAAGGACAUACUCAAGCACAGCUCCUCCAGGGAGAGGCCCAGACAUAGUUUACCUAAAGAUUUCAAGAGUUAUCCAAACAUGUCCUCUUGGGGCGACACAAGAAAACCCCAAAGCUGGGCAAGUUUGGAGGCCUGA